GGCAAAGUGUAUCCGAUACACAGCGUGGCGUGGGGAAGUCGGCGGCCCCUUCCCUCUCCUCCCCUCCCCGUUCUCCCAUCUGAUGCGAAGCGGCGCCGCGACAGGCAGAGGAAUGGUUGAUGAGGAAGCCAGUUCUGUAUCCCACGCAUGGAACCAGCUGCUCUUUGUGGAUUUGUGUGAUGCACCAGGAUGUCGGGUAACUGCACAAGCACUCUCCCUUUGAACAUGGCAACCAGGUGAGAUAGAGAGAUCCCUGGGAGAUGGGAGAUGGAAGAUGAGGAUUGUGAAAGUGUGGAAUGCAGUAACCGUCCAGUCAAUGGCUGAGGGUCACUAUUUGGCUUCUGGAGGAAUGGGCUAUUUUAGUCCUCGUGUAACGGCCAUUACUCAUACUUGACCUGAUGACCCAGCUACACCUUCUUCCUGUUCUGUCGGUGGUUUAUCUAUGGGAAAAUCAUGGUCUAUUCUCCAUUCCUGACUGAGCAUGCAGGAAGCUCAAACAGUACUUAUGAACAUGCCUCUUUCAACUCUACAGCACGGCCCGUAAUUCACAGUGAGAUGGAAGUUUCUGUUACUGAAGGGUCAGUGACUUACAAAGCUUCAGAAGGGAACUCUGUGGGAAAUAGCACAUCGAUCCCCUCUCAGUCAGCCUACAGGGGGAUGAGCCUCCCCCUGCAGGUCCUUCUCUCUGCGAUUAUGCUGGUGAUAGCUUUAAUUUCUUUCUUGGGGAACUUUAUCGUCUGCCUCAUGGUCUACCAGAAGGCAGCUAUGCGAUCAGCCAUCAAUAUCCUCCUGGCAAAUCUAGCCUUUGCAGACAUGAUGCUUGCAAUAAUGAAUAUGCCCUUUGCCCUGAUCACAGUCAACACGACUCACUGGAUCUUUGGAGAUAUCUUCUGCAGGGUGUCCGCCAUGUUUUUCUGGCUGUUUGUGAUAGAGGGUGUAGUUAUUCUGCUUAUAAUUAGUAUUGAUCGAUUCCUCAUUAUUGUUCAGCGUCAAGACAAACUGAACCCUUACCGUGCUAAGGUUCUCAUUGCUGUCUCUUGGGGAAUGGCAUUUUGUAUGGCUUUUCCCCUUGCAGUCGGUAGUCCAGACUUGCCAGUGCCAUCUCGAGCUCCGCAGUGUGUUUUCGGCUACUCUACGGACCCUGGUUAUCGGGUGUACGUCCUAUUAAUAAUAAUAGUGUUUUUUUUCAUCCCCUUCUUGCUGAUGUUGUACUCUUUUAUGGGUAUCCUAAACACUGUUCGGCACAAUGCAAUCCGGAUCCACAGCAACUCAGACAGCAUUUGUUUGGGCCAAGCAAGUAAGCUAGGGCUGAUGAGCCUGCAGAAACCGUGUCAGUUAACCAUUGACAUGAGCUUCAAAACUCGUGCCUUCACCACCAUUUUGAUCCUCUUCAUUAUUUUCACUUUGAGCUCGGCGCCAUUCACCACAUACAGCCUUGUCUCUACUUUCAACAAAAGUUUUUACCAUAAAGUUAACUUCUUUGAAAUAAGCACCUGGUUCCUUUGGUUGAGCUACCUCAAAUCUGCACUUAAUCCUUUAAUUUACUAUUGGCGAAUCAAGAAGUUUCGGGAUGCUUGCAUGGAGUUGCUGCCUAAAACCUUUAAGUUUUUGCCUCAGCUGCCUGGACGUACCAGGAGACGGGUUCGUCCAAGUGCCAUUUAUGUGUGUGGUGAACAUCGAUCUGUAGUUUGAUAUGCAUGACAUGUUUUUUAAGUUUAAAUAGAUAUAGGCACUGCCAAUUCAAUAUUGAAUAAUUGUUUUGUGCGGGAUAUUUUCUUUUCUCCAAAAUUUUCUUCCUACCUAAGUGAGAUCUCCCCAAAAUGUCCUAAGUGACAUUUCUCCAAAAUGUCCCAUAUGGGAUCCCUCCAAAAUGUCUCAAAUGGUAUCCCUCCAAAAUCUCCUAAAUGAUAUUUCCCGAAAAUGUCUCAAAAGGGAUCUCUCCAAAAUGUUUCAAAUGGGACCUCAGAAUCAGAAUCAGGUUUAUUAUCACUGGCAUGUAACGUGAAAUUUGUUAACUUAGCAGCAGCAGUUCAAUGCGAUACAUAAUCUAGCAGAGAGAGAGAUCAAUGACAGUAUGCAUGUGUUGAAUAGAUUUAAAACAUGUGCAAAAAUGGAAAUACUGUAUAUUUUUUAAAAAGUGAGGUAGUGUCCAAAGGUUCAAUGACCAUCUAGGAAUCAGAUGGCAGAGGGGAAGAAGUUGUUCCUGAAUCGCUGAGUGAAUCUCUCCAAAGUCUCAAAUGGGAUCUCUCCAGAAUCUCCUAAUUGACAUUCUCCAAAAUAUUCCAAAUAAAAUUUCUCCAAAAUCUCCUGUCUACCUAAAUGACCCUACUAUUCUUGUUCGAUUGUUCUCCUCAUAGGUUAUUUAAAUGGUGAGUCAGUGUUUCUACAACGUAAAUUUGAAAACUAUUGCCUGUGCAAUUUGUAUACUUUUGGAUUCCCCGCUGACAUCAGGCGGGCUGUGCUUCAAAGCUUGUGAAUUGUCGUUUGCUGCUCUGGUGGUGCUGAAGUGGUGAAAGUGUGCAAUUCUGUGUUUAGUGUUCUGACCACUAAAAGAAAUUAACGGUAGGAGCUAAGCACAAUUGACCUCUCAGGCAAAUCCGUGAGACAUAGCAACUGUAAGCCAAUUGCGUGUUAUUUUUGUUGGUUGUUGGAUAGGGCUUGGGGAAAUCUUGGGAGGCUUUUAAAUUUUAUUUAGUUUACUACUGUAUAAUGCAGAAUUGAUGUUUGAAAGUGGUGGUUGUUGGAAAAUUACUUUCAUGCUUGUUUCCAUUGUAACCCAAUGAAGAGUUUUAUUUUUAUUUAUACGGGUUGUCUUGAUUAAUUCCAUUGAUACUGUAUAUGAUGAUGCAUGCAGGACACAGAGUGGUACACUCAGGGAAUAAUGUAUUUAUUACAAUGAAUUAGUUGGUGCUUGAUUCUGAAGUUCGUUAACUUUGCUUAAGUAUAUUGUGGUUCGGUAAAUUGCUGUAGUAACCAAUGAUAGUUCUCAUAAUACAGUCACUUGAAAGCUGCAAAAGAAGAUUAUGAUUUAAAACGUGUUUAUAUAUUUAGAUAUCGAGUGUAAACAUCAUCAUUGUUAACCAAUAGAGUACAAGAUAGAUUUUAAUUCAGCCGCUGAUUUACCAGAUUAUGUUUAAAGCACCAUAUUUUAAAAUAUUUAUCUGCUGUUUCAGAAUGUCAACUUACUGUGGUCAGGAGGAAAUGCUCUAGAUUCAAGGUGGAAGCAGAAUUUGUAUAUCUGAAGUGCCGAAUGCAAUCAAAUUGUUCUGAUAUGUUUUAGUAUUACUCACUGUAUUACUGUGAAGUCCUGGUUGUUCCUUUUAAAACUUACGUAAUUCUGUGCCUGUAUAUAUAAGCAUAAAAUUUUAUUCUCAGUUUUGAAAGCUGUGAUAUAUUUGGGUUACAUGAUCAGAUCCUUUCUCAAAAGCAGAUACCUUGACCAAUCUGUUGAGUUUGAAGUAGUCUGUCUUUUGGGCACUAGUUUUCCAAUUCAGAGUUAGAUUUAUUUAUCAUAUGAACAUUGAAACAUGCAGUAAAAUGCGUCUUUUACAUGAGCUACCAACACUGAGGAUGUGCUGGGGUCAGCCCACCAGUGUCGCCAACAUAAUAUGCCCACAAUGCUUGUCAGAACAACAAAAUGGAACCUAGCAAACAACAAAGCAAGCCGUACUCCUCCCUCCCUACGCGCGUACACAGUCCUCUAACCCCA